AUGUUCCUGACGAUGACGAUCCCCCGCACCCGUGGCCUCGGCCUUCUCCUUCUCGCCCUCUACGCCUCCGCUACGACGGCCGCCAACAUUCUUCCCGCAGCGGCAUCCGCAUCCUUUCCACAAUGCGGUCUGUCAUGUACCGCCCUCACCCAAGCGCAAGGUAGCUGCGAGUCGGCAGCUCAGGCCACCUGGGUCUCAUGUUUCUGUCAAUCCGCCCUCCUCACCACCCUCAAGACCUCGGGCAGCGUCUGCACGUCUUGUACUGCCCCAGCGGACCAAUCGCUCCUGUCGACAUGGUACAAUAACUACUGUAAUUCCAACGGCCAAGACACCAGCAAUGCCGGUUCAAGCACAAACACAGCGGCGACAACUACCGCCACAGUUGCUUCCGCAAGCACGUCGGGGGGUAAAAGCGCAUCGAGCAAGUCCACCAGCGAAGUCCAGCCAUCUUGGUGGAGCACUCAUUACAAAUGGGUCAUCAUGUUGAUUGUCCUCGCAAUCGGCUUCGGUGUCAUUGCUGCAGUAGCAGUCUACCUCAAGCGCCGCCAUGAUGCCAAGCGAGCAAAUCUCUAUUAUGGGGGAGGGCCCAUGGACAGCAGCUCCGGUGCCUUGGGGGGUAAUUCUUACUCUCCCUCCAAUUCGGGGAUUGUCAGCACCGCCAAAUCCGCCUGGGCAGCGCCCGCGGGUCCUGAUCACUCUCAAUCCCCGGCGAGCAGUUCUCGCACCGAAAUCACCACACGAGGAGCUGGAACCCUGCCACCGGGGAGUCGCACACGUCUGCCAAAGCCAUCUCAGCCUCGAGGCGACAUGGAGAUCCGUCAGGUCCCUUUGCAAUGA